ACCUCCGUUAUCGAAGUCCAUGCGGGUGCCGUUAAUGCGAAUGUCAGCUGACCCUAUAUCAGCACCCGACACAUGGCUCCGUUAGUAUCGUCCUGCAUCUAACCACAAUGCGUCGUUUCACGUCCAUACUUUUGUUCCUCGCUGUGUCAACUUGCGUGACCUGCAGUUUGAUCACCGAUCGACUCACGAAGGAUAUUCUUCUACCUGAUGCGGAAUUAGAAGACAACAGUGCACCUGAAGCAACGCCCAUUGAAGUACCACAACCAAACAGUUUCACUGAGAAUGCUGGAUGCGCUAAAGUCGGAGAAUUUUGUAUGAACCACAAGGAUUGCUGUUCUAACGCCUGCCAUGGUUACUUGAAGAGAUGUGUGUCGGCGCGAGAACUGGUAGAGGAAGAGCAGUUGAGCUAAUUUUCACAAUUAGCUUCAUCGAGGAUAUGAUCUAAAACAUCCAUGUACUUAAUUUUUAAAAUUAUUUUGCAAAUAUUAAAUUAAUCUGUUAUUACCUAUUUAACUUUA